AGGCACCUGAAAUAUAGAAGAAGUGUUUAAUUAAUGAUAAUAUAUUGUUUCAAUCAUGGACGUAAAUUGCUCUUUCCAAUUAUGCAAGACCACCCUUUGGCUAGUGCGAACGAAGUCGACGGCGAUCGGGAGUAGGGACGACGGGACGACGAGUCCAGCAAGAGUCCAGGAGAGUCGAGGUCCCACCAUGGUGGCGGAGGCGAGGGUCAAGAGGAUAAGGCUGGAGGAGGAAUGCCGCCGACGACAAGAACCGCCGUUCGCAGUCGGACUUGGAAUCGGCAAAGGAGAAGAUGUCGUCGUCGUUCAUCCCGAUCUGAUCAGCUGCCUCCCCGACGAGAUCCUCCAUGACAUCAUCACUCUCCUUCCCACCAGGGACGGCGCCCGCACGCAGGCCAUCUCCCGGCGGUGGCGCCCGCUGUGGUGCGCCGCGCCUCUGAAUCUUCAGGUGGACCACCGCGGGCUCUGCGGGCAGGACCGCAAGCGCGUGACCUUGGUCGCCAAGAUCCUCGCCGACCACCCCGGCCCCGCGCGCCGCCUGGCGAUCCCUUGGUUCCGCCUCCGCGACCGCUACGCCAAGAUCGACGGCUGGCUCCGCUCGCCGGCGCUCGCCGGCCUCCAGGAGAUCCAGAUCAGCUACGCGCCCGACGGCGGGCCUCGCCCGCUGCCGCCCUCCGCGCUACGCUUCGCGCUCACCCUCCGCACCGCCGAGUUCUGCUGCUGCGACUUCCCGGCCGCCGACGAGGAGAUGGCCGCGCCGCCAUCGCUGCACCUGAACUUCCCCCAGCUCAAGAACCUCACCCUGCGCAGCGCCUCCGUAUCGGAGGCCACCCUUCACCGCCUGCUGUCUGGUUGCCCGGCUCUGGAGAGCCUACGGCUGGAGACCAAUGUCGGCGUUGGUAGCCUACGCGUCAGCUCGGCGACUCUCAAGAGCAUAAGCAUCAGAGUUUUGUGCUAUCCGUACAGAGUGACAGAUCCUGUCAUGCUCCAAGAGCUCGUCGUCGAAGAUGCUCCUCGCCUUGAAAGAUUGCUGUUGGUUGAUCCGAGAAACGGCCCUCGAACCAUCCGUGUGAUGAAGGCACCUGCACUCGAGACAAUGGGCAUGGUUUCAGAUGGCAUCUCUGAACUAGUGCUUGGGACAACAGUUUUUCGGAUGGUUGCCUUAAGUUUGACAACCUUGAUGUCCACUGUAAAGGUGUUGGCGCUUGACUCUUUGGGACCUAAUCUGGACUCUGUUGUUGAUUUCCUCAAGUGUUUCCCUUGUGUGGAGAAGCUAUAUAUCACGUCUCGCCUGCAAAAGAGUAUGAAAAAUGCACGGAGCUAUGACCCACUGGAUCCAAUCGAAUGUCUCGAGCUUCAUCUCAAGAAAGUUGUCAUCAAUUAUUAUCAUGGCAUGAAGCCUGAGGUCGACUUUGCCAAGUUCUUUGUUUUGAAUGCAAAAGUGUUACAGAAAAUGAGCUUUGGACUCGCUAACCGCCGCCAGGAUAAGUGGAUGGCUAAUCAACGCAGACGACUUCAGCUGGACAACAAAGCUUCACGAGGCGCUCAAUUUGCAUUCGAACGUGAUGGUAGCAGUUCUAUCCCUAAUUCUCUGAAGGCUGAUCCUUUUGAGUGUAUGGAACCAGGAAAGUUUCCUUAGGUCUGUUAUCUGCUAGGGGCCAAUUAGCAUGUACUCAAUCCAUCCCAAAUUGUAAGUCGUUUGACUUUUUUAAUAUCAAGUUUGACCACUCGUCUUAUUCAAA